UGUGGUCGCGCACGCGAUGCAUCUACUGAUGUGUGUCUCUGCACAUGGCCGUGCCGCUCGACGGGUCUUUGCACAGUUCCGCGGCUUUCGGCGACGUGUCAUUGGAUUAUAUCCAUUGUUUUUAAAAGUAUCAUAUUAUAUCCCACCAUGACUACAUCCUCAGAAGAUGUAUUAAUGCAAGUGAGUCAAGUCCGCUAUAAAAAAGGAGAUGGUACUUUAUAUGUGAUGAAUGAACGAAUAGCAUGGAUGCUGGAUAACAGGGAUACUGUAUCUGUAAGCCAUAAAUAUGCUGAUAUUAAAUUGCAAAAAAUAUCACCAGAAGGAAAAUCAAAAAUACAACUGCAAGUGGUAUUACAUGAUGGUACAUCAUCUACAUUUCAUUUUGUAAAUAAAAAUGGACAAGAAGCGCAAAUUAAAGACCGUGAUGAUGUAAAAGAGCUAUUACAACAGUUACUACCAAAAUUUAAAAAAGUUAAUAAAGAAUUAGAAGAAAAAAAUAGAACACUUCAAGAACAUCCUAUGUUGCUUCAAUUAUAUCGUGAUUUGGUUAUUCCGCAAGUUAUAUCAUCUGAAGAAUUUUGGUCGCAACAUGCUGCAGAAUAUACCCAAGCCAAAAAAAUUCAACGUCAAGAAAUAGGUGUUAAUAGUGCUUUCCUGGCAGAUAUUAAACCACAAACUGAUGGUUGCAAUGGAUUAAAAUAUAAUUUAACUGUCGAUGUGAUAGAAUGUAUAUUUAAGACAUACCCAGCUGUUAAAAAGAAACAUCAAGAAAAUGUACCUGAUAAAAUGUCAGAAUCUGAUUUCUGGACAAAAUUUUUUCAAUCGCAUUAUUUUCACAGAGACCGUAUUAAUGCUGGGACCAAAGAUCUUUUUACCGAAUGUGCCAAAAUAGAUGAUCAGGAACUUAAAAAAGACAUUCAAACUGGAAUAAAUGAUCCAUUGGUAGAUAUUACUUCCUUUGAAGAUCAAACACUGGAUGAAAAUUAUGGAAAUAAUAAAUAUGAUAAACCCUCGGGAAAUAUCGUUCAUCAAAGUAUGAUUAAAAGAUUUAAUCAACAUAGCAUAAUGGUUAUGAAAGCCAGCACUGCCAAACAAUCGAUGCAAAUUAAUCCACCACAAUUAAAUGGAUCGACACCAUGUGCGAGUAAAGUUAUAAAUAACGAAUUGAAUGAUGGACCAAAGACUAAAAAGCGUAGAAUACUAGAAAAAAUAACUUAUGAUGAUCUCGAUACAAGCUGUGACAUAAAUAUAAAUGAUGAAGUACCAUUAAAUCUGACACAUAUAGACAGAUAUCUACAUGGACCCAUACCAAGAUACGGAAGUAUAGAAUCGACUUCGGAAGAAUUAUUUAUUACAUUAAACCAUUUAAAAAAAGAAGCCUCUAGUUGGAUAGUUGGUAAUUCAUUGCCACGACAAACAGCGAUUUCUUUAGUUAGUCCGGCUGCAGCGGUGUUAGCUUUAGGUGAAUUGACACCCGGUGGAUCCUUAAUGAAAGGUUUUCGAGAAGAAAGCCUUGGACAAUUAAUACCGAAGGAUUUAGAAAAGGAAUUGAGUAAUGUAUAUAUAUGCGCAUGUGAGUUGUUGAAGCAUUUUUGGCGAAGCUUUCCUCCAACAACACCACAGCUUGAAGAAAAAGCGAUUAGAAUGCACGACGCUUUACAUAGAUUUCAUUCUGCAAAACUAAAGCCCUUUGAGGUAAAUAAAAUAUUUAUUCAUAUGUAA